AUGCGGCCUUCCAGUGCUGUGCUUAUGCGGCACGUUUGGGAGCCGGGGGAGACAUGGCGAUUUAAGAAGGGGUGCUGGGGCGGCAGCGGAUGCCCGGACCCUCCCGGGACCUGCACCCUGGAAUCCGUAAAUGCGCCCGAGCCCCUGCUCCUGGACAUAAGAUUAAACCGGGUGCGGGCCGAGCCCCACGGCGACCUGGUGUACACGCUCCCAGCGCUACGGGGACCCCGCUGGCCGCACCCGGCUGUGCUCAGUCGCGCGCCCCCUCCUCCCCUGUCGGCCGGGCGCUGGGGCACCAGCGGGUGCUGCGGGCCCGGGCAGCCCGUUUCCCCGCCCCCUCCAGUGGAUCCCGGGUGGCGGCGCCGGCGACAGUGGCGCAUCCCGGCUGGAGAGGGCGCUCGCGCUCAGGAGCGGGGCGCAGCAGGUGCCGCGGUUACCUCCACCUCGGCGGGGGAGAGGGCGGGCCGGGCGCGGGAGGAGGCGGAGGAGGCCGGGGAGGAGGAGGCGGAGGAGGCCGGGAGCGGCAGGAGCAGGAGGCCGGCUGCUCGCGAGCGGGAGAGCGCGGCGGCUCUGCAGCUGGGUCCCGAGAGCGCAGCUUCCGGGAGGCACCCGAAGUCUGGCGGUCACAUCCCGGCGCCAGGGACCGCGCUACCACCCGCAGAGCCGCCGGCGAGGACGCGGCCGCCCGGGGACGCGGCCGCCUCGGCGCCUCUCGGGGGGCGCGCAGAGAUCCAGCCGCUGCCCCCGCUGCCUCCGGGAGCUGGCGGCGCGCACUCGGGCUGCUGCGCGCCCGCAGCCGCCCCGAGCCUCCUGUUGCUGGACUAUGACGGGUCGGUGCUGCCCUUCCUGGGCGGCCUGGGCGGCGGCUACCAGCGGACCCUCGUGCUGCUCACCUGGAUCCCCGCGCUGCUCAUCGGCUUCAGCCAGUUCUCGGACUCCUUCCUUCUGGACCAGCCCAACUUCUGGUGCCGCGGGGCCGGCAAAGGCUCUGAGCUGGCUGGGGCCACCGUGACCGGCCAGUGGGGCGACCCGGGCAACUGGACCAGUCCCCCAACCACCCCCUUCUCCACUGCCGCCUGGGGAGCCACGGGCAACAGAAGCAACAGCAGCAGCGUGGACGGGGGUGACAUGCCGCCCCUCUCGUCCCCUCCGGACAAGGGGGACAACGCCUCCAACUGCGACUGCCACGCGUGGGACUAUGGCAUCCGCACCGGCCUCGUCCAGAACGUGGUUAGCAAGUGGGAUCUUGUGUGUGACAAUGCCUGGAAGGUCCAUAUCGCUAAGUUCUCCUUACUGGUUGGAUUAAUCUUUGGCUACCUAAUAACUGGAUGCAUUGCGGACUGGGUUGGCCGCCGGCCUGUGCUGCUGUUUUCUGUCAUCUUCAUUCUGAUCUUCGGACUGACCGUGGCACUCUCAGUGAACGUGACAAUGUUCAGCACACUCAGGUUCUUUGAAGGAUUUUGCCUGGCUGGAAUAAUUCUCACCUUGUAUGCGAUACGAAUAGAGCUGUGCCCGCCCGGGAAACGGUUCAUGAUCACAAUGGUGGCAAGCUUCGUGGCCAUGGUGGGCCAGUUCCUCAUGCCCGGGCUGGCCGCCCUGUGCCGGGACUGGCAGGUGCUGCAGGCCCUCAUCAUCUGCCCCUUCCUCCUCAUGCUGCUCUACUGGUCGAUAUUCCCUGAGUCCCUUCGGUGGCUGAUGGCGACCCAGCAGUUUGAGGCCGCAAAGAAGCUGGUCCUGCACUUCACGCAGAAGAACUGCAUAAGCCCAGAGAGCGACAUCAAGGGCGUGAUGCCGGAGCUAGAGAAGGAGCUGUCCCGGAGGCCCAAGAAGGUGUGCAUCGUGAAGGUGGUGGGGACCCGGAACUUGUGGAAGAACAUCGUGGUCCUGUGUGUGAACUCGCUGACGGGGUUCGGGAUCCACCACUGCUUUGCAAGGAGCAUGAUGGGCCACGAGGUGAAGGUGCCACUGCUGGAGAACUUCUAUGCUGACUACUACACCAUGGCCAGCAUCGCCCUGGCCUCCUGCCUGGCCAUGUGCGUGGUGGUCAGGUUCCUGGGGCGCCGGGGGGGCCUGCUGCUCUUCAUGAUCCUCACCGCCCUGGCUUCCCUGCUGCAGCUUGGGCUCCUGAACCUGAUUGGAAAAUACAGCCAGCACCCAGACUCAGGGAUGAGUGACAGUGUGAAGGACAAGUUCUCCAUCUCCUUCUCCAUCGUGGGCAUGUUCGCCUCCCAUGCAGUCGGAAGCCUCAGCGUGUUCUUCUGUGCAGAGAUCACCCCUACAGUGAUAAGGUGCGGCGGGCUGGGGCUGGUGCUGGCCAGCGCGGGCUUCGGCAUGCUCACGGCGCCCAUCAUUGAGCUGCACAACCAGAAAGGCUACUUCCUGCACCACAUCAUUUUUGCCUGCUGCACGCUCCUCUGCAUCAUCUGCAUCCUCCUGCUGCCCGAGAGCAGGGACCAGAACCUGCCCGAGAACAUCUCCAACGGGGAGCACUACACCCGGCAGCCACUGCUGCCACACAGGAAGGGGGAGCAGCCCCUGCUGCUCACCAACGCAGAGCUCAAGGACUACUCCGGCCUGCACGACGCGGCCGCUGCCAGCGACGGGCUGCCUGAGGGCGCCACAGCCAACGGCAUGAAGUCCAUGUAGCCGGCACUGCAUCCUCGUGCCUUGGGGGCUCUGGGAGCCAUGGGGAGUUCAGGCACAGGUGACAGACGGGGCACAUGCCUGGCCAGCCAGUCGGGGAGUCCAGCUCUGCGGCAGCGGCUGCAACCGUGAGGCUUUCAGCUGUUUGUGGGAAUUCUGUCUUUCCACAAGUCCAAGGCGUGGGCUGGAGGAGCAGACUCUUCGGAAGUAACCCUGCAAGACUUUCCUUUCUGCCAUUAAAUAUUUGUAUUUAUUUUGGUCA